CCCCGCGGGAGAGCGCGGCCGCGCCGGGGGAGGAGCUUCCGGGGCAGAGGGCGAGCAAGAUGGCGGCGCCCAUGGAGCUGUUCUGCUGGUCCGGCGGCUGGGGGCUCCCGUCGGUGGACCUGGAUAGCCUAACAGUACUGACCUAUGCCAGAUUCACUGGUGUUCCUCUCAAGGUGCACAAGAUCACUAACCCCUGGAGGAGCCCUUCAGGAAGUCUGCCUGCCCUUCGGACCAGUAAUGGAGAGGUCAUCUCUGUGCCACACAGAAUCAUCACCCAACUUCGAAAAGAGAAGUACAACGCUGAUUAUGACCUGUCAGCCCGACAAGGAGCAGACACAUUGGCUUUCAUGUCUCUGCUGGAGGAGAAGCUACUUCCAGUGCUGAUACACACUUUCUGGGUGGACACCAAGAACUAUGUGGAGGUGACCCGGAAGUGGUAUGCAGAGGCCAUGCCCUUUCCCCUCAACUUCUUCUUGCCUGGCCACAUGCAGCGGCAGCACAUGGAGCGGCUGCAGCUUCUGUGUGGAGAGCAGAGACCUGAGAGCGAGGAGGAGCUGGAGAAGGAGCUGUACCAGGAGGCCCGGGAAUGUCUGACCCUUCUCUCUCAGCGCCUGGGCACUCAGAAAUUCUUCUUUGGUGAUGCCCCUGCCUCCCUGGAUGCCUUCGUCUUCAGCUACCUGGCCUUGCUGCUUCAAGCCAAACUGCCCAGUGGAAAGCUGCAAGCCCACCUGCGGGGCCUUCACAACCUCUGCACCUACUGUUCCCACAUCCUCAGCCUCUACUUCCCCUGGGAUGGAGCUGAGGCAUCACCUCCACAUCAGACACCAGCAGCCCCAGAGACAGAGGAUGAGCCAUACCGGCGUCGGAACCAGGUCCUAUCAGUGCUGGCAGGACUGGUGGCCAUGGUGGGCUAUGCCCUGCUCAGCGGCAUUGUCUCAAUCCAGAGGACGUCACCAGCACGGGGUCUGGGCACACGGGCUCUGGGCAUGGCUGAGGAGGAGGACGAGGAGUGAGCUCUCCUCCAGCUGCCAGGACUGAUUUUUCUACUGCCAUGCAUUCCAGAGGUCCCUGCGUCUCCCCACUGUGACAUAUUUGGAAAUGGGGUGCCACUCCAGAAUAAACCUGCUCACGCUGA